CCUUCAGAUUUAAAUCCUGUUGAGAAAUAUCAAGAUACAAAUUCUAGGGUUUCCAACUUUUCACUAUCGCACAAUUAUGGACCUAUUACAGACAUACAAAGACUCCGGCAACAGCGACGGCGAAGACCACCGUAUGUCCGACCAAUCCUCACCGGACUCCUCCCCUCCCCGCCUCUCAAUCGUCCCCAAAUCCGCCGCCCCCAAAGUCGACGACACCAUGCUUUCUCUCACCGUUGCCGCUGCAAUCACCAACAAAACCCUAACCAAACCACUGGACCCCACACAACACGUCGUCGAAUUCAACCCGACCUACGACCAACUCUGGGCUCCGAUCCAAGGCCCCGCUCAUCCCUACGCUAAAGACGGCAUCGCUCAAGGUAUGCGUAAUCACAAAUUAGGGUUUGUAGAAAACGCCUCAAUUGAACCGUUUGUGUUUGAUGAACAAUAUAAUACUUUUUAUAAAUACGGUUAUGCUGCCGAUCCCUCUGCUUCCGCUGGGUUUAAUUACGUUGGUGAUAUGGAUAGUUUGAACGGGAACGACGGCGUUUCGGUUUAUAAUAUUCCACAGCAUGAGCAGAAGAAGCGGAAGCUUGAGAAUAAGAUGGAAGCUUUGGACAGGGAGAGAUUGGAUGAGGAGGCGAACGGUGCGGUGGAUCCCGAGGAGGUGGCGAAUCCGGCUACGGAUGCGUGGUUGCGGAAGAAUCGGAAGAGUCCAUGGGCGGGGAAGAAAGAAGGGUUGCAGGAGGAAUUGAGUGAGGAACAGAAGAAGUAUGCGGAAGAGUACGCGAAAAAGAAAGGGGAGGAGCGAGACGGGGUUAAGGAUAAGGGAGAGGCGGUUACGGACAAGAGUACGUUUCAUGGGAAAGAGGAGAAGGAUUAUCAAGGACGGUCGUGGAUUGCGCCGCCAAAGGAUGCGAAGGCGACGAAUGAUCAUUGUUAUAUACCGAAGAGAUUGGUGCAUACGUGGAGUGGGCAUACAAAGGGGGUUUCGGCGAUUAGGUUUUUCCCGAAGCAUGGGCAUUUGAUUUUGUCGGCUGGGAUGGAUAACAAGGUGAAGAUUUGGGAUGUGUAUAACUCGGGGAAGUGUAUGAGGACUUAUAUGGGGCAUUCGAAGGCGGUGAGGGAUAUAUCAUUUUGUAAUGACGGGACAAAGUUUUUGACUGCGGGGUAUGAUAAGAAUAUUAAGUAUUGGGAUACGGAAACGGGGCAGGUGAUAUCCACGUUUUCGACGGGGAAGAUACCGUAUGUGGUUAAGUUGAAUCCGGAUGAUGAUAAGCAGAAUAUUCUUUUGGCAGGUAUGAGUGAUAAGAAGAUUGUUCAGUGGGAUGUGAAUACGGGGCAGAUUACUCAGGAGUAUGACCAGCAUCUUGGUGCUGUGAAUACGAUAACGUUUGUUGAUAAUAACAGACGGUUCGUCACUUCAAGCGAUGAUAAGUCUCUUCGUGUAUGGGAGUUUGGUAUCCCAGUUGUUAUAAAGUAUAUAAGUGAACCGCAUAUGCAUUCGAUGCCGGCGAUUUCACUUCAUCCUAACGGAAAUUGGUUGGCAGCACAGAGUUUGGAUAAUCAGAUUCUGAUCUAUAGCACUAGAGAGAGGUUUCAGCUGAAUAAGAAAAAGAGGUUUGCGGGGCAUAUUGUUGCCGGUUAUGCUUGUCAAGUGAAUUUUUCGCCGGAUGGUAGGUUUGUUAUGUCAGGGGAUGGUGAAGGUAAAUGCUGGUUUUGGGAUUGGAAAAGUUGCAAAGUGUUUAGAACGUUAAAGUGUCAUAAUGGAGUGUGCAUUGGUGCUGAGUGGCAUCCUUUGGAGCAGAGCAAAGUUGCAACAUGUGGUUGGGAUGGCUUAAUCAAGUAUUGGGACUAGUUCUUGGGCAAUCUACUGCUAGCGAAUGUCAUGCCAACUAAACGUAUAGUAUAAGAUGGUUAGAGCUUACAAACUUACUGGCAUGAUCAGAAAUCCAAAGGUAUCGUGAGGCACAAUGAUGGGUUUACUGCAAAACGGUGAUGGUUUUAUGCAUCCAAGUGGUAUUGUUAGAACUUGUAUUUUACUUCAACUGCCAUCGUUUAUUGUAUGGUUUUUCUAAAUUAAGGGGAAUGGUUUUGAGAUCAUGUUUAAUUGCGUUGGACCGUAUGUUAAUGAUAGUUCUUGUACUUUAUGGCCCUAGUUAAGAGACUGUCUGCACCAAAAAAAAGAUUUGUUGGACGUUACUUUAACAAAUUGUUUCAUGAUUACUGGUUUA